UAUUAUUCGUACUCCUUUGGAUUUAAUACCUCGUUAAUGUUCUACGAUUUCAUUUUCUAUUUUACAAGAAUUUAAAUCUAUUUCCUAAAUUAAAAAAUCAUCAAAAUGAGUGGGGCAGUCAAGAAAAUCGGUUUAGUUAACUCAAUCAUCGCCUCAGCUAAGCCCAACUUACAAACUUUUGUGAAAUAUGCGAAAGUGGAAUUAACUCCACCUAAAUUUUCUGAUUUACCAGAGAUAAAAAACGAGAUUUCUAAAAUUAUACAAACAGCUCGAACUGGACGUUGGAAAAAUAUUACGGUCAAGGAUGCUACCCUCAAUUCACUCAUUGCUCUUGAAGUAUAUAUGUGGUUCUACGUCGGUGAAUGUAUAGGAAAGAGGCACUUAAUUGGAUAUGACAUCAAGUUAUAAAUGUAUUCAUGUAAUUUAAAGUAAAUAAUGAUUUUCUAGAUUAAAUACAAUUAUUUUGUAUCUAGAAA